CUAGCGGCGUUAAUUCCUGGGUGAUGGAAACAAUGUGAUAUAAAAAAGAAACACUACAAUAGGCAUGGACUGGAUACACAGUGGCGUAUCCACAGCCGUUCCGAGGAACGCGGGACAGGAAUGCGCCGAUUACCUAAAUCCAAAAUGGAGGAUCAUCGAAUCGAUUCUAGCGCUCAGUUUCGCCGGUUGGUUAAUCUAUACAUGCUAUCCUAAGCUGUCGUUGCCAAAAAGAAUAUACGUGCGCAAGGAUUCGAACGAACGAAGGACGUUAUUGGUGUUGAUGUGUAUUGUUUUGGGGUUGGAAAUCGGGUACAAAUUUUCAACUAAAACUGUGAUAUUUUUGUUGAAUCCUUGUCAUAUAACUACGGCCAUACAGAUAUAUAUGUUAGCAGCCAAACCUAGCAAAAUUGUGACUGCUUUAUUUAGAUUUCAUCUUAAUUUAAUGAAUGGACCAGUUUUAGCGUAUAUGUUUCCAGAAACUGAUACCAGAAUAUUGCCUCUAGAAAGAUCUGUAUAUUGGAUUCAGCAUGGAUUGAUGUUUGUCGUGCCUUAUCAUCUUUUACGUUUAGGAGGAGAGUUUAAUAUUGAAGACACUUGGGACAUGUCAUGGUGUGGUGUUAGUUACGGCAUAAAUCUCAUUUACCAUUUUGUCGUUCUUCAGGGAUUUUCAAUUCCAACAAAGGUGAAUCUCAACCACAUGUUAUGCCCCGCCAUCUUGGAUCCAUUCGAAAGUCAAUUAUACAGAUCAGCGGCAGUGGCUCAUCAAGCUAUAAUGUGUCCUUUACUUUGUAAACUUUACAGCUCAAUAGCAACUUAUUGUAAGAAAGUGCAGUCGGCUAGGGUAACCCCCUGACAUUCCGAAGUGACAGAUGGAACCAUGGAUGACAGUCAGAGCAAAAUGGAAGAAAAUAAUCAACAUUUACACCAGAAUUGAAUAAUUUUUUUUUAAUAUGAAUGUUGAUAAGACAUUGCUGUCUUCGUGUUGAAUUACCUUAUAAUUUUUAUUAUUUACACUAACUUGUCGUCAGUGGUUAUAUAGUCCGUCAGAUAGUGACAGAUUUAGGUGUCCCAGUUUUGCAUACAAGCCUCGAAGAGGGUUGAAAAGUACAUAGAUUUUAAGUAGAAUGAAAGGAAAUUUACGAGUGGCUGCUAAGGAUAACAUAUGGAAAAUUCGAUUUCCCCUAACAAAAACGAAAGGUUAUUUGUUGCCCAUUUUUCCACACAAGCCGUUUUCACUAUAUGAUUAAUUAAUAGAACUAGGCUUCGGAAAACCAAAGGCUUUAAUGUUGCAAGUGGUUAAAGGUUUGGAAUAAGGGCGUAAUCUUCUAAGGAAAAAUCGAGAUUUUGCACGAUUUUUCCACACAAGCCCAUCGAAUGUAUGAAAACGUACGUCGUCACUAGUCCGAAAAACAUAUUUUCUUGAAUGAUUCGAAUGUAUUAAGUGCAUUUUGGGUUCGGAGAAUUUUUCUGGUAGGGAAAAUCGAAUUUUCUGUGUGUUAUCCCCAAAAGCCACUCGUAAAUUUUCUUUUAUUUUACUCAACAUUAAUGUACUUUUCAACCCUCUUCGGGGUUUGUAUGCGAAAAUGGGGCACCUAAAUCGGUCACUAGCUGACGGUCUAAUAGUAUCUUUAAAUACAUUAUACCAACGCAUUUUAAAUUGCGUAUAGUACUUUGCUUUUAGAGUACAUACUUAAGUACUUUUUAUGGUACUUAAAUUUGAUUUUUUUAAUAUUAUAAGAAAAAAGUAAUUAAAGCAAAGUUAGGUACUCAAGUACAAGUAUUCGAAAUUUUUGAGGUAUUUAAAGUAUGUACUUAAAAGUACCUACAUAUUUUAAGUACUUUCGGUAAUCAGUACCACGCUUAUCAACAGUUGCAAAACAUUCUUUUGUGAAAAAAAACCUUUAGCUAAAACGCUAAAAUUGGAACUUUUCUUCAAAAUACAGACAGAUAUUACAGAUAUUUAACAAACGAGUGAAGAUAAGGUUGAAUGUAUUGAUUUGCUCUAUAUAGUACAUAUUUACAAUGAGUACAAAAUACUUUUUAUUUUUUUGAAAACUGAGGUCAAUACCUGUUGUCAAAACAAUAAUAUAUACAGGGUGAGUUUCUAGUAUAAGAUCUUGAAAAUUAAUUUAGUUCUACAGCUUGGUAAAUUGGAAAAGAUUAGUUUUGUGUUAUAUGUAUUUUAAUGUGCUUACCUUUUUAUUAAUUACGAGGCUCACUACAUUUUCUAAACUGAGGUGUGUUUCUAUAAUCUUUAUAUGUCUGCUAAUAUUGCUACAACUAAAAAUAAUUAUGAAUACUGUAGAUAAAUACAUUUUGCAAGAUAAGUAAAUUUUUUAUACCACCUGCCAUUUCUGAGUAAAAAACAGACCGUUUUAAAUUUAUCUAACUACAAAAUUUUCUCAGUUAACCAACUUUAUAGCAUUAACGCAUUAACCAUGUUCUAAUAAUUAUUUUUGGCUAAACUAAACUAAAAAAACUCACUUUGUAUGUUAAAAACUCAUGUGUACCUACAAAUAGUAACGUGGUAAAUGUAUGAGGUUGAAAUGAAAAAUGUGUCCUUUUUUCAAAUUUUUCAAUCCAAUCUCAUUACAAACGUACUCUAAUAUUUUCAAAACGUUGAUAAUUUACCAUAAACUUGUCUUCCAUCAAAUAUUUAUUUCAUCCUGUCCAGUAAAUCUGCUAACCUUGUACUCAUUUGCGGCCGGUAAAUUGAACAUUACUAUCAGAUACCGUGUAAUGUGUUAAUUAAUUAAUAUUAUUUGGGUAGUUCGUAUCUAUGCUUUUUUUUUAAAAGGAUUAUACAGACAGGAUGAAAUAAAAUAUUACACGAUACACGUCCGUUAGGUGUUAAGUCACCGAACGAACUUGUAACGUAAAAUAUUGUUUCUUUAUUAAAUAACUAUUGCAGACGUAGAUAGGUAUUUAACGUAGGUAUUUCAUCAUUCUAAUUGUUAUUGUUUGCAACAUAGAGUAGGUAUAGGUAACAGUCAAGAUACAAAAAAUUACAGACGAAAUCUCGAGUUCGCGCAUGACAUAUUAUGGGUGUGGAAUGGCUAUCUGAUUGGCGAUGAGGGCGAGCGCGCUGUUUUCGAUCAGCUAAUACCUCAAAUUCGUAAAACCCACGCCUCCAUACCACAAUACGUCACCAUGACGUAGUAUCUAUUAAUCGGCGUAACAGCAGUAUUUUAGAUUUUUUCUAUACCUAUAAUAAGUAAGGUUAGGUAUAUAUUUUGUUAAUCACAGUAUUAUCACAUGUACUUAUGUAGUUUUUAUGCCUAUCAAAAAUAAUUUCUAGAUAUUUUCAAGAAUAUGUACCGAGUUCGCUAAGUUAAAAUUUAAAAUCUAGUCACCCUAAUUAUGUUUCAUUAAAAAAAGAUUCGAAUAGUGGCUAUUUUAUGCAAAACAAACAUACUAAAACUCAUAACAGUAUUAUUAUGUCUUAAGCAAUAUAAUUAAAUAUCACUAGGUUGUAGGACAUUCAGUAAUAUAGAUAGACUUUUUAAUAAGGAAUGCAUUAUUUUACUAAAGGAAUUUAUGGUUCCUUGAGCAAAAUUUAGAAGUUUUUUUUAAUAUUUACAAGUAAAUACAAUAAAUACAGGGUGAUUCAUAACUAUUGGGACAUAGAUUAAGGGCAGGUUAUUUAGAUCAAAAUAUGGCGAUAGGACCAAAUAUACCUUAAUAAAAUAUGGCUGUGGAAUAAUAUACAGG